GCCGUGACGUCAAGUGCCACAUGGGAUGCCAACUUUCAAGGCAAGAAGGUGGUAAUUGUGCUCGACAACGCACCUGCACACUCACAAACCGAGCAGCGAGUUCAGCCGCACGAGGACUUGGUACUUCUGCGCCUUGGGCCGUACUCUCCAAUGUUGAACCCUACUGAAAGUUGUUUUAGCGUUCUGAAGGCCCACAUCAAGAGAUUUCUUGCCUCGCGCACGAACCUGCUGUUUGAGCGCAGGGAGUUCAAUUCCUUCCUGGAAAGUCGCAUGCGAUUGCUCGAAGAAGCUGCCCGGGAAAGCCUACCAUGUAUUACCCAGUCGUUGGUUAUUCGGAAGGCUAUGUUUUGUCAGCGCAAUGUCGAGAAGGCGCUUCGAUUCGAGGAUAUGUCCUAUGGAAUGUGA